UUUUCACUUCAAAAACUCGCAUACACUUUACCAAGUACCAACAUCUCUCAACCUAAAUGUUUCUAGGAAGAAUGACAGCCAUGAGUGAAACCGGUGCAAGAAAACUUGCAGUAAUGGUUAUAACGCUUAUCUUGCUUGCAGCAGCAGUCGCACAGGCUGAUACAGAUUGCAGUAGCAAAUGUGCGAGACAAUGCAGUUAUAGUCUCUUCCCCACUACUUGUCUCCAGGGUUGUUUCAAAAAAUGCAAACAUUCUUUCUCUGUUGCCCUCUUUGGCAUCGGCUGUACUUUUGGCUGCACAAAUUCAAAGUGCGCCCAUCUUGGCUCUGUGUGGCAGAUGUUGAUAAACUGGUUGGGUGCGUGGACUCAUGCUCCAAGAAAUGCAGCAGGAAUCCCUCUCCUUAGAAGUCCCAUAUGCACAGACUGGGAAGAAAGCAUAUAUUAGUAAAGCGAUGUC